AUGCGGGUAACAUUGGAGGAGAGGGAUCUGCAUAUCGCUUUCAGUGUUUCUUUGGCUACAAUUGGACUUGUCUUUUUGGUGCAACAUGUUGCGUCCACCGUAUCCCGGCUUCCGUCGUGGUUCAUAAACCUCCGAUGGCAUUACAUUAGUCUCAUAUGUCUACCUGUUUGCUUGCUGGUCUCCUUGUCACUCUCCAGCAUCUCAUGGUUUCUUGUAUCGGCUGGGGCGGGGCUUGCACUGGUUUCUGGGGUGAGGACGUGGGAGCGUGGCGCUACCACCUUCUUAUUCUGUUUCCUCUUGGCCGGUCAGUGUUUGGAGCAGCUCAGCCACACCGUUCACGUCACACUUCCACCUAAGGCUAGGACAUGGACCUCACGGUACCGUGGACAAAUAGCCCUUUGGCCAACGGGGGAAGCCACCGGUCCGGAACAUCUUCUCGUGAUGUACAACGACGUGACGUUGACACGGCAGCCAUGCAGCGGGGCGGUUGCUGGUACAAUUCCCACUCAAGCCGGCGCCGUGACACGACAACUAGGCAUGCGGCGUCACACUUUAGUUUCAUUUGCCACCAACACCCGCAUCGGUUCCAUGGAGAGUUGUCUUGGUGAUGGUGCUAACGGAGGUUUCCUGCCUUUGCACCAGGUGGCUCUUCUCGGAGAAAGUGGUCGGUUGGAAGAUGUCACUCUGCGUUGUGGCCUCCCUUCGAGUGCUAGGGAUGGCAAUAGCAACGGGAAAACCUUUUCCCGUUGCUUAACCCUGGACGCCAGCACAACAUUUGAAAACGUUACCGUAGAGUUUUAUGCUGAUGGCAACUUCAAGGCUGUGGUUAGCAUUCUCCAUGCAGACAAAUGUGCUGACGCUUUGUCGCAACUGCAGGCAGUUGGUAAGUCGAUUCUCAAGGACGAGAUUGACGUUUUGCUGUGCCUUCCUAGUGCGGUGAGUUAUCGCUUCUCGAAGCUCGUGGGGGAUCCUACCCUUGUCCCGACGGCGUUAAGGGCUGAAGUACCAUAUUUCUUUCGCUGCGUAUGGUAUUUACCCAUGGCAGUGCGGAACAUACCCGAAGGCGCUGCAUUCAUCGCCGACCGUGUCGUCAUCCCCAUCGCAGCUACAGUAGUCGCAAAUUCUCUUGCUUUCGUCCAAACGAUAAUUUGGACGUGCUGGAACCUCAUGCCGGACGUCCUUCAGCUAUUGGAGGACGUGGGCGUGUUUGUGACGGGAGCGUACUGUCGCGCUGUGAAGGGCACUAACUCGACUUUGUGUGCGAAAUCUCUCCUGGAGCACGCUGAAGACCAGCGCUUUCAACUUGGUGUUAGGUCUGUCGAUUGUGUCUUCGAGACGGUCCGGUUGGUGCUGGAUGCGUUGGAGCUCGUCCCGGGUCUUUGGCGCGUGCUUCUUUGGACUUUGCGCGCAGAGUGGCAUUUGGUGUUGUACUGCCUAAAUAUUGUACAAGUGAUUUUGACAGUGGUCGUACGCUGGCCGUUACAGACACUGUACGGUGCACUGCAGCUUACUUUAUCCUGGAUGCUUCAAACGCUGUCGCUUUUUUUUCUGGAUUACGACUUGUCUCGCAUUGGGGACGCCCUCUGCUCUCCGCUUGCAUAUCUGUAUCGCUUGCAGAAGGAGUUGCUUGCUGCGGAGGCACAGGCUGCGUGGGGGCUGCUGUGGUGGUUUUUCUCGGGUGUUUGCAGGAUGGUCAAUGUGUUCUUUGCCACCGUUUGUGCUGUUUGUAACGGCCUAUUCUGCGUAGUGUCUCUCUACACUGGCACGACAUUUUGCACCCACUCUUUUGUGGCACUCAUUCAGACGGCCAUUGUUUUGAUAGCCAUGCGAAAUGAAUUACACGACAUCGCCACCCGUGAUGGUACGGGCUACACAAGCUUUGUGGGCCGUUGGCCUGGUGGCAAAUACAUGGUCAUGCUGACGUUGUUUGCUAAGCUGCACUCCGUGGUGCUUUUGAGGUACACUGUUGCGCACACGGUUCUGAUAUUUACACUCUUUGGGUUGUCAGUUGUUGGUGUACUAUCUAAAUUGUACAACUUGACUCUGUAUAUAGCCUUUCCAUGGGUUUCAACCACUGUCUUCCUUGAGUUCUUCACAGCAGAUCCACGAUGGUCAACCGUAGCGUGGGUGUCCGCGGCGAAAGGGCUCGUUGCCAUUCUUCUCGAUCGCACGAUUGGCGACUUUACCGCCUACCUUGUGGGGGAAGUGUUCUUCGUGCUUGGGGUUGUGUUUACAGGGGCUGCUUUUGUAUGGGGGUGUCAGAAGGAGCUGCCUUUACUGGCCCUCCGUGUGCUGCUGCGGCUUCCACUUGACAGCUCUAGCGAGUCUAGCACCACCGGCGCCAAACUCAAUACUACGCCUCAGCCCGAUGUUGGUAGGGCAGUCUUUUUGGACGAUGCGACAGGUGCGGAGAUGACAAAGGGUGAAAUAAUGCUUCCCGAUGUUGUGGAGGUGGUAGACGACACUGGCAAGGAGGAAGCUACGGAGUGCAACAAGGACGUGCAGUAG